AUCUCACACUAUAUGUCUUCACCCUCUCUCAGUAACAUAAACAAAGUCCAGCUGAUCGAGCCUCGUCUCUCUCAGUUGAUCUAGUGUUAGAUCGGAAAAGAUCGAAUAAUCAUUAGAUUUAGGUUUCUUGAGAGGACGAAGGAGAAAAUGAGAGAAGCGAAACGUAUCACUCUUCGAUUGGCGAUUGUGUUGUUGUUAGCUUUCGUUUCUUUCAAUCAGCUCUUUGCUGACGAUGAUACGAUCUUUCAUGAGACGUUUGACGAGUCGUUCAGUGGAAGAUGGAUUGUUUCGGAGAAAGAAGACUAUAAAGGGGUGUGGAAGCGUGAAAAGAGUGAGGGACAUGAUGAUUAUGGACUUCUUGUGAGUGAGCCGGCUAAGAAGUAUGCCAUUGUGAAGGAACUCGAUGAGCCUGUGAGUCUUAAGGAUGGAAUUGUCCUCCAAUUUGAGACUCGCCUUCAGAGUGGGCUUGAAUGUGGUGGUGCGUAUUUGAAAUAUCUCCGACCACAGGAGGCUGGGUGGGUGCCCAAGGGGUUUGACAGUGAGUCUCCUUAUUCGAUUAUGUUUGGACCUGACAAAUGUGGUACCACAAACAAGGUUCAUUUUAUCUUGAAGCAUAAAAACCCAAAGAGUGGGGAGUAUGUUGAGCAUCACCUCAAGUUCCCACCUUCCGUUCCACACGACAAGCAUACUCAUGUGUACACCGCCAUCUUGAAAUCUGACAAUGAGUUGCAAAUUCUGGUUGAUGGAGAGGAGAAGAAGAAGGCAAACUUCCUCACAUCUGAUGAUUUUGAGCCCCCACUUGUCCCUGCCAAGACAAUUCCUGAUCCAGAUGACGUGAAACCUGAGGAUUGGGAUGAGAGAGCAAAAAUUCCUGAUCCUGAGGCAGCGAAGCCAGAGGACUGGGACGAGGAUGCACCUCUUGAAAUUGUAGAUGAGGAUGCUGUGAAACCUGAAGGUUGGUUGGAUGAUGAGCCUGAGGAGAUUGAUGAUCCUGAAGCUACAAAACCAGAAGAUUGGGAUGAAGAGGAGGAUGGUGAAUGGGAGGCACCCAAGACUGAUAACCCAAAGUGUGAGGAAGCCCCUGGUUGUGGUGAAUGGAAGAAACCAAUGAAGAGAAAUCCAGCAUACAAGGGAAAAUGGCAUGCUCCACUUAUUGACAACCCCAACUACAAGGGUAUCUGGAAGCCUCAGGAUAUUCCAAACCCCGACUACUUUGAGCUUGACCAGCCUGACUUUGAGCCCAUUGCUGCUGUUGGUAUUGAGAUCUGGACAAUGCAGGAUGGCAUAUUGUUUGACAAUAUCUUGGUUGCAAAGGAUGAGAAGGCUGCAGCUUCAAUUAGGGAUACAACAUGGAAGCCAAAGUUUGAUGCUGAGAAGGAGAAACAGAAGGCUGAGGAAGCAGCUACUGGCACUGAUGGUCUUGCUGGCUUCCAGAAGAAGGUGUUCGAACUCCUAUACCAGGCUGCUGAGCUCUCUUUCCUAAGCAAGCACAAGGACAAAAUUAUUGAACUCAUCGAGAAGGCAGAGAAACAACCGAACAUCACAAUUGGUGUCCUUGUCUCCGUUGUGGUGGUGAUCCUUACUCUUUUCUUCAGGAUAAUUUUUGGUGGAAAGAAGGCUAAGGUGGAGAAGAAACCUGAGCCAGUUGCGGAGACAUCCAACAAGGAAGGAAGCAGCAGCGGCGAUGAGAAGAAAGAAGAGACUGAGGCCGAGAAUGAAGCUGCUGCUCCUGCUCGCAGGAGGCCAUCGAGGCGUGAGAACUGAAAGAUGAGAUCAGAGGGCAGAGAAUGCUUAACAAUAUUCACUUUUUGUAGAACUUGAGCUUAGUUGUUUUUCUCUGGAUGCGUUCAUGGCUAUAUUUUAUAAAAAAACAUGGGAGAUGUAUCAGAGUGCAAAUGACUUCACCUGUCAGUCUUCGAACAGACUGACAGUUGCCUUCCCAAGCUUUAGCCCUUUUCCUGCAAGUAAUUAAUUAAGCUCCAUAUAGUUUCAUGGGCUUGGUACUAA